GUUCUAACCGUCCAUUUUUGGAUGGAUGGAUCCCUUUGUGUGAGUGCAUAACGGGGCCCGUACACGCUGCCUCGCGCUGCUGGCCAUCGUCAAACGCAGAACGAGCGAACAAACAAAGGACCGAUCGAACAGAUCUCCAGACGGGCGCAGCGAGCAGACGUGCAUAUUGUUCCGGGGAAAGGAGGGCGGACCUGUUUGAAGAGGAGGAGGCCGACAUGACACAGCAAAGUGUUCCAUUCCCUGGCGCGCCUGAAAUAGGCACAGCCUCGGCAGCAGCAGCAGCAGCAGCAGCAGCAGCAGCAGCAGCAGCAGGCCUGGCUGGCGAAAGGAAGCCGACGCGCACGAUUGCGAUCCUUGCGCGCUCGGCAUCCAAGACGCACCGGCUGGCCAUCCAGUCCAAGAUCACGUCCAACGGCUUCUCGAUUCUCAGUGAGCGCCUCGAGGAGUGGACCCUCGACGACCAGGACUUCCUCCACGAGUUUCUUCGUGAUGAGGCUGCCGACGACGACGUGGCUGACAACGAGGCGCCCGGCGCGGCAGAGGCAAACGAGGCGGCCAUGGCACGGUGGAUCAAGAGGCUCACCGUCGGGCCCAUCUACGUCAUGGUUCUCGAGAGGAACCGGGCCGCGGAGCUGUGGAGGGACAUGAUGGGCCCCGACUACGACGAAGACGAUGACGCGGCGGUCCAUUCGCAGGCUGCGCAGCCGACGCUCGACAGCGAUGGCCUGCCCAUUGCCAAGACUGGCUUGCGCGCCCAGUACGGUGCAGGCGCCCUCUACGGCUCUCCACCGCGGUCCGCGGAGCGUCAGCUGGCCAUCUGUUUCCCAGAGCUGGCCUCGUCUGAAGCGCUGGACGCCCUCCAUGCAGAAGCGAGCAUGAUGGCCGACGAGCAGCGCACCGCCGAUCGACCGGGCUCCGUGGCUGCCGUUGGCCGCGAUGGCAGCUUUGUCGUCCGCGAGGACGAGGACAUUGUCUACGACGAGGCAGGCCAGGCGUUCGAUGCCCACAACGGCGAGCCUCUGGAGCUCCAGUCGGAGAUCGUCAUUGACCGGUCCAACGACACCGAUGCCAGUGUCCAGGCGAAGCUUGCGGCCAUGUCGCUCACGGCGACAGGGGCGGAAGCAGGCGGCAACAAGGUCUUCCGGGCACGGCCCCUGCCUGCGUCGACGAUGAAGGCCUCGGCGCAGCCCCGUCUCUCGCGCGCUGCUGCCCUGAGAAUGGGCAUCAAGCUACCGGAUCCGCCAAAGCGGACACCGAGCACCGAUGCGGCGAGUCAGGAUGCUGCAGCCAACGUCGGCAUCAGCGGCCUGCCCCGCACCGACGUCAAGCUUCCCCGCUCCCUCCAGAGGCCCUCGGUCGCACCCCGGCUCAACAAGGCUGCCGCUGCUCGCACAGGCGCCAGCGACUCGUCACCCACGGCCACCAAGACGAGGAAGCCCGUCGACUUCAGCUCCACCCCGGGCCACAAGCGCCUGUCGACCAGUGGUCCUCGUCCCGCCAGCCUUGCCGCGCCCACCGUGGCACCCCGUCUCAACAAGGCCGCAGCUGCGCGUCAGAGCCAGGGAGGAGCUGGUGCAGUGCCUCCCACCACCUCCACCACCGCCUCCUCAUCUUCGGCUAGGGCCUCCUCCCACGGCUCUCAGGCCUCCAGCGAAUCAAAAGGCGCAGCGCUUGCUCGCAAGCCCGUCGACUUUAGCAACACGCCUGGUCACAAGCGCCACUCGAUGGUGGGCGCAAGCCAGCUCAAGAGCCUCCAGGCUCCCUCAGUCGCUCCUCGAGCGAACAAGGCCUCGGCUGCCCGGCAAGGUACCGGAGCUGCAGCCCCAACUGCUUCUUCUUCUGCCGCUGCUUCUGCCGCUGCUUCUACGUCGCCGAGCCGGACGCGUGCCGCUUCUGCGAUGAGCACCUCUCGCGCAUCGCUGAGUGCCUCGACGACGACCAGCUCUCCAGCUACGAAAGAGCGCAAGCCAGUCGACUUCAGCAACACCCCGGGACACAAACGAGCAUCCAAUUCAUUCAGCGUCGCGUCGCUGCAGAAACCGACGAUUGCGCCCCGCUCCAAUGCCGCCUCUGCCCGCCGUCUGAGCAUCGGAGGGGUUGGCAAUAAUGCAGCUGCCUCAACCUCUCCUGCCAAGGGUGGGCCCUCUUCCUCGAGGCCAGGCAGCUCGCUGGCAGUUCGACCCUCAAGCCGCAUCUCGUCUUCCGGCCCUCAUCAGGACGGUGCGUCCCAGCACCUUUCCCAGUCCCAAUCGAGGUCAGCAAAGGCGCCUCCCAGCUCGUACCGCUUCCCAUGAUUGUCUCCUUCGCGCGAUCAUCGUCUCCACUUUCACAUUUGCGGGCCGGCUUGUCGAUCUGUACUCUUGUUCACAUUUGUUCUUCUAGUCUGCCUUUGCUCUCUCUCUCAUCACGCCUCUCUUCAUGUCUCAAAAAGCCAAAACGCCUGGGUGUGGCUGGCCCACACCUACAGAUGACGGUAGCUGCUUCGGUAUGCUGCUUGCUUUCCUGUCAUGUCAAUGAAUGAA